AUGGUUUCUUGCAAACUAGCACUAGGGUUGCUAGCUUCGAGCGCAAUUGCCACAGCCGCUCAAACUUUCCAAGUCGCGAUUGACUACCAACAAACGCUGGGCGUUUGGUACUAUUUCCGCCAAAGCAAUGAUCUCGUCACAGUGUCGCCAAACAACCAAGGAUUGGCCGUGACGGUCAACUCGGACUCCAACGUCUGUGACAUCUUGCGUUCCGGUAUGAUUGUUGUCAAACCAGACAAUUCCGCAAACAAUGCUUUGGUUUCAUGGAACCAAUACGAGGUGUUCCAUUUGGACAACUCCCAGGGCCAGGAACUCACGUGGACCAGCACUUUGGUGCAAUCGUGUGGCGGUGGUUCCUCUUCCGCUUCGGCUUCCGGUAGCGGUUCUGGCUCUUCCGGCGUAACCAGCACCAUCAGCAGCACUUUCAGUGCUGGUGGUUCCUCCUCCAGUUCCGGCUCUGUCUCCACUGUCAGCGCCGGCGGCUCCUCUUCCACUUUCGGUACCGCCAGUGGUUCUUUCUCUGGCUCUGCUCCUUCGUCCACCGUCAUUGUCAGCACCCAGCCUACCUCUUCCGGCUCUGCUUCCGUUUCGUUGACCCCAUCUGUUGUCACCACCACCCAAAGUGGUACUGUCACCUCGUACACUACUUACUGUCCAAUUUCAUCCGGUCAGUAUACCUCUUCUGUCGUGACGAUCACCGAGAGUGGCACCGUUACUUCUUACACCACCUACUGCCCUGUAUCCACUAUGCCUACUACAACGCCAAAAACCUCCGUUGUCACUGCUACUGAAAACGGUGCUUCUAGCAUUUACACCACGACUUUCCCGGUGUCGAGCUCUGCUGCUGCAUCUACCACAUCAGUUGUUACUACUACCAUUAGCGGUGUUGAAACCAUCUACACUACCACUUGUCCUCUAAGCGGUUUGACUUCUGAGGCUGCUACUGUCGUCACUACCUCCAGCAACGGCAAGCCAACCACUUACACCACCACUGUCCCUGUUUCCAGUUCUGCUGGUGCAUCUACCACAUCUGUUGUUACUACUACCAUUAGCGGUGUUGAAACCAUCUACACUACCACUUGUCCUCUAAGCGGUUCGACUUCUGAGGCUGCUACUGUCGUCACUACCUCCAGCAACGGUAAGCCAACCACUUACACCACCACUGCUCCUGUUACCUCUGGUGAAACCACCGUUGUCAAGCCAACCACCAUUGUUACUUCCACUGUCAUUUGCACUGAGGAGAAGUGCGAGACUAAAGCAGUGACCAGCACGUCUCAGGUUACCUCUGUCAUCACUCCAAGCUCUGCUGCUCCAGGUACUACCGUUCCAGGCACAACUGUUCCAGGUUCUUCUGUUCCAGGCACCACUGUUCCAGGUUCAUCAGCUUCUGGUACUACUGUUCCAGGUACCACUGUUCCAGGCUCAGUCGCUCCAGGUACAACAAUUCCAGGUACCACCGUGACGGGCACUACAGUUCCAGGCUCAGCCGCCCCAGGUACUACCGCCCCAGGCUCUGCCGCUCCAGGUACUACCGCUCCAGGUACUACCGCCCCAGGCUCUGCCGCUCCAGGUACUACCGCCUCAGGCUCUGCUGUGCCAGGUACCACUGCUGCCGCUGGUUCGGGCAGUUCUUCUGGUCCAUCCUCGGUUACCAUCAGUCUCUCCACUGGUGGCGCCGCUGGUUUGAGCACCAACGGUAUCUUGAUGGCCAUUGUUGCCAUCUUUGCCUCUCUUUUGUAA